UUUGCAGAAAAUAGCACACAUAGUGAUGGGACACGCACUGACUGUACUAACAACGCACACCAUAAUGUAAACUCAGUGGCAUUUACUAUGACAUCAUUCAGACAGACGAGGCUGGAAAAGAUCUUAAAUGCACCACACAUUCACACAUGAAGGUGUAAACAUGGCAGAUAAUGUGGGAGAGGGCGAGCCACACAGAUGUGAGGAAAAAGUGCAGAAAGACACCAGGGUGAGAGAAGAUUUGCAGGCGAAGCCCCUGACUAAUGCAGAGGAAACACUGUUCACAGACGGAUGCUGUUUCAGGCAUCCAACUGAGGGACUGAAAGCAGCAUAUGCAGUGGUGAGACAGACAGAAACAGGGUUUGAGGAGGUCCUCACGGAAAGGGUGACAGGGAAAGAGUCCUCGCAGUUGGCUGAGCUCCAGGCAAUGAUUGCAGCUCUAGAAUGGUCAGAAGGGAAGAGAGUGAACAUCUACACAGACUCUGCAUAUGUUGUAGGAGCAAUCCAUGUGGAAAUGACACAGUGGAUCAGAUCUGUUUUUUUAACAGCAGCAAAAACCCCCAUUAAAUACGAAAAAGAUAUGAAGAGGCUACAGGAGGCAGUGAUGAAGCCAGCACAGGUAGCAGUCAUUAAGUGUAAGGGCCAUGAUAAAGUAGGGACAGCUAUCGCUAGGGGAAAUGAGGCUGCAGACAUGGCAGCCAAGAGAAAGGCAGGAUAUAAUCAACAGUAUAUCAUGCUACAAACAGAGAAAACGGUACAUGAUCUCCUGCCACCAUGUGAUGUAAAUAUGUUAAUAGCAGAGCACCAGAAAGCUUCUCCACAGGAGCUUACAGUCUGGAAAGAGAGAGGAGCAGUGAGAACACAGGGUGUGUGGAGGUCUCCAGACGGAAGACUAGUGUUACCCCCGGGGCUGAUGAGAUCAGUCCUCCAGGAGGCUCACGGGAUGACUCAUUGUGGAAAGAUGCAAAUGGUGCAAGGUCUCACUCAUUGGUGGCACCCUUGUCUGCCAGCCAUGAUUGAGAAUCACAUCAGAGAAUGUAAAAUAUGUACAGAAUAUAAUGUCAGACCCACAGUGAAACCACACCAAGGGAAAUUUCCUCUCCCUAAAUUCCCAGGUCAAGAGGUCAUUAUUGACUACACAGAUAUGAUAGAAAGAGUGGGAGGACACAGGUACCUUCUGGUGGCGGUGGAUGCAUACACCGGCUGGCGAGAAGCCAUACCUGCCAAAUCAGAGGAUACAAAGACAGUAAUCAAAUUUCUGAUAAAUCAAUAUAUCCCCAGGCACGGGUUCCCCAAACGAAUCAGAUCUGAAAACGGGACUCACUUUAAAAACAAAGACCUACAGCAGGUAGAGAAGGCAUUGGGGCUGAAACUCACAUUUGGCACAGUCUAUCAUCCUCAGUCACAGGGCAAGGUGGAAAGGAUGAAUCAGUCUAUUAAGGGAAAAAAAGGCAAAAUCUGUGCUCAGACUAAAAUGAGCUGGGUAGAUGCUCUACCCCUAGCUCCAUUGUCAAUCAGGAGCUCGGUGAACUCAUUGACAGGGUUCACGCCAUAUGAACUAAAAAUAGGACACCAGUUCCCGGGACCGGGAGCUGGGACCCAAACUACAGAAGAAAUAGAAAGCCCUAUGCAAUACAAACCCUAUUAUGACCAACUAGCAGCAUUGGUGACCACAACUCGGGAGGGAGCAGAAGGGAAAGACCCCCCGACAUCAGAGUGGGUCCUGCUCAAGGUGAUCAAACGAAAGUGA